GGUGUGUGUGUGUUUUUGGGGCUGUUCCUCACCUCUCCACUGUGGUUUCCUGAACUAACAGGUUUGUUGUUGUGAGUAGGCUACAGCAGUGUCUCACAACCCAUUCUGGUAUUUCAUACACUGAACAAAAAUAAAUGCCACAUGUAAAGUGUUGGUUCCAUGUUUCAUGAGCUGAAAUAAAAUAAAAUUGCAGAAAUGUUCCAUAUGCACAAAAAAUGUAUUUCUCUCAGAUUUUGUGGAGAAAUUUGUUUACAUCCCUGUUAGUGACUAUUUCUGAGGAAUAUUUCUGUCUGUAAUAAAGCCCUUUUGUGGGGAACAGCUCAUUCUGAUUGGCUUCAGCUUGGCUCCGCAGUGAGUUGGCCUGGCUGCCAAGUGGGUGGGCCUAUGGCCUCCCAGGACCACCCAUGGCUGUGCCCCUGCCCAGUCAUGUGAAAUUCAUAGAUUAAGGCCUAAUGAAUAUAUAUCAAGAUACUGAUUCUUAUAUGAAAUGUAACUCAGUAAAAUCUUUGAAAUUGUUGCAUAUUGCAAAUAUAUUUUUGUUCAGUAUAUAUUUUAUAUAAAACAGUACUAUAUUGGUGAUAUGAGAGGAAACUACUAUUGCAUAGUAGUAAGAUGUUUAUUUCUGAAGAACAGGGAGUAAAUGGUAGCUGGUUUUCUUUCUGUCACCACCAAUUGUAGUGUUCAGCUACAGUAUUUUCCUUUGCAGUGACACAGAUAGUACCUUUUCACCACGUGUCAACAGCAUGCAACCUGAUACACUACAGGCACAUGUUCGGUUCCUUAGUGGUGAGGAAGAGAGGGAGAGCGAACAAACUUCAUUGGGCAAGACACAGAACAAAUCAUUUCUACCACAUUUCCUGUGUGAAAUUGCAGAUUACACACUUGAAUGUAGCAGCACUGACAGUGCGCAUCACAUGUGCAUAAAGUAAUGCUUGUACCCCAACCUAAGUGACAGGACCGGUCACCCUGGUCAACUCCCCCUGUUGCUGUGGUCAAGUUACUGUUGUGGUCAGUCACAAUGAACAUCUCAGUAGAGGUGGCCAGAGGGGUCAACAAUGCCACCCUGGAGAUGCUGGUCAGUCCUGUGAUGACCGUGGCUGUGCCUGUUAUUUACCUGUCUGUGUUUGUGUGCAGUACGCCCUGCAACCUGCUGUCUCUGGUAGCGCUGCUGAACGUCCAUUACAAACGCCACACUCCCACGUCUGUGUUUGCCAUCAACCUGUCGCUGGCAGACCUGCUGUACAGCGCCUUCCUGCCCCUACAGGUGUUGUACCACCUGUGGGGUAAUGACUGGCCGUGGGGCGCUGCCCUCUGUGGCCUCACCACCACAGCCCUCAACUGCAACAUGCAUUGCUCUGUCCUCACCACCUGUGCCAUCGCACUCGAGCGCUACUGCGGUGUCGUACGCCCGCUACGCACCAAACACUGGCGCACCGCCCGGAGAGCCGCCAUCACCUGCGUCCUCAUCUGGGCAUUUGUUCUGAUUACUCAGACACCCUUGCUCCUCCGUGACCUCACCCUCCGGGUCGUCGAGCUAAACAUCACGACCUGCUUCGACGUGCUUCCACGUAAACUGUUCAUUCACCAAUCAGUAGCCUAUCUCUACUUCCUAGUGGUUCUGCUGAUGUUCUACGUGUUGCCGUUAGCCGUCCUGGUCAGCUGUUACGUUGCCGUGGCCAGAGGCCUGCACAGGUCGUUGCCGACGGCAGCUGAAGGCAGUGACGGUAAGAGGGAAGUGUUGUCAAGGCAACGGGCUCAGACCACAGUCGCCUUGGCAACCCUGUGCUUUGUGGUGUGUUACCUACCAACCAUCACCCUUCAUGGCCUGCACGUAGUCUUCCACACCCAGGGCAAGAGCCUGUACAGAUACUAUAAACUAGCGCUGAGCAUCAACAGCCUCAACUGCUGCUUUGACCCGUUUGUGUACUACUUUGCGUCGAGGGAGUUCCGUCUGGCUCUGAGGAGGCUGCUGGGGCGGUGUGUCCCACUGGGAGAGGGGGAGGAGCUUGGGACCUCUGAGCUGGUGUCCAUGACUGGGGAGCCUAGGGAAUCUAAGGGCCACUACUAGGCCGUAGUUGAUCACUAGAUAGUCAUGCUGGAAUGGACAAAGUGUGCAAAUGACCCAAACUGUAAAUACAAAAAAAUCUAUUUUGUUAUUUUAUGCACAGACCCUGUGCGGUCUUCAUUAUAAAGCUGUUUAUGCAAUUGUUGUGAAUGCUAAUUUUUAUAGUUAUUCUGCCUUCAUUCCGUUGACAUUUAUUAUUGAAUAAAUCUUAGACAUGCAUCA